UGUAAUAAAAUGUAUUGUAAUAUGUGAUGCUAUUUUUAUAUAAUUCUAUUCAUUUAAAUUUCUUUUAAAUUAUGUGUGCAAUAACUAUACAUUAAAUAAACUUAUAUAGUUAUAUAUAUAUAGUAAUAGUUGUACCCAUCUUUCUCAUUCUCGAUAUACUUAUACAACAAAAUCGUAGAGUUUCAAAGAAGGAAAAUAAAUAAAUAAAUGAAUGAAUGAAUGAAUAAAUAAAAAAAAAAACAAGGAUCGGUCGCGCGUACAAAUCGAAGCGGUGUUUAAGAUAAUUUCAGGUUUGCUGAUAUCGAAGGUUCCCGGCGCGAACGCGCGGGAUUGCGAGAAGGAGAGAAGAGAAGAAGAACCGUGCCGUCGAGGAAGAUCGCGAAAAAAUGAUCGAGCCUCUUGCGUACCUGCUACGUUCUUCGACCUAUCGAGGUCGCGUGUCACGACCUCGUCGUACGUGGCUCCAUUACCUAAGACACCGCUCGUGCCUUCGGAGUCCCGUACGUCGCUAAGAUAGAAAGAGAAAGAGAAAAAGAGAGAGGAUAGAUUAGGAUUCUCUUCCUCGUGUGCAGUACGUUUUAUCGAGAGGUAACGCUUAGACGAUCUUCGAUAUUCUAGUCGACAGAACCUUCCGAAUCGCCAUUAGAAUUUUUAUUCGUAUGAAGAAAGACAUGUUUCGAAAAGGAUUUUAGAGUUAGCCAGUCAGCCAGUCAGUCAGUCAGUUAGCCAGUCAGUCAGUCAGUCAGUCAGUCAGUCAGUCAGUCAGUCAGUUCAAAGUUUAACACAGAACGGCAAUUAUCGAAGGAGGUGUUUUCUUAGGAAAAUUUUUUGGAUCUCGCGAUAGUAUUCGAACGUAGGCGUCUUUGUCUUCGUUAGACAACGGUUCUGUUUCUCCAAGGCGUGGCCGUUGAUUUGUCUACAUCCCGGUCAUACUGUAGAAAAAGCGUUGGAUCGAUUCCGCUACGAAAGUCUUGGAUAGUGACACCCACAUCCAUGGCCUUCGGCGAUCGAUCGAUCUAGAGAGAGAAAGAGAGAAAGAGAGAGAGAGAGAGAGAGAUUCUUUGUUCCUUCGUCAUCGAACAUCACCAUUCGACCUCUCGCUGCUUUUUGAACCGUUCUCUUAUAUUUUAUAUCUAUAUUCCUUCGACGUCUUCGUUGGUGUAGAUUCCUAAGAGAUAUCUCGAGAAGUUAUAUCCUUAAGAAAAAAAAAAAAGGAACAAAAAAAAAGACAAGACAAAUAAAAAAAAAAUAAAAAACAAAAAAGAAAAAAUAAAGAAUAUUCGCGGCUCCUGCCAGUCGCGUUGUCAGUCGCGAGACGGACGCUCUCAGGGACAGACAGGGAAUCAACCCAGACAUCAGAAUGACGUCCGUACAUCGUCGGCUCUCGCGGUGCACUCAAUUUAAAAGUUCCACGCUCGCAUAUACCGACAGCUUGUCGGAACUUUUACAGAACGAAUGCCAGAAUAAGGAAGAAGGUUGCAUUGCUAGAUAGGAUAGGAUAGGGUAGGUAGGUAUUCGAUAAAAACACCGCAAUGCGCGAACAUUAUCUUUCAGUCGUCGAAAUGAACGAUUCCGAAGGUAAACUGAUUCGGCCAUGUAAAGAUACGAAUGAGAUGGCUACACUGAUUGAUUCUUUUUCUUCUUAUUCUUCUUUUUUUUCCCUAUUUUUUCUUUCUUUUUUUAGUUCUCUUCCUUUGUAUUUUUUGUUUCACCGUUCCUUUGCUUUUCGACCUAUAGACGAUUUAUUAUUUCGAUUAGUAUUAUGAAAAAAACAUUUUCCUUUGAUGAGACGAUCGAAUCGAUACGAUCGAUUGAGCAAAAAGGGAAAAACUCGACGUCGCGGCCACCGGCUACGGAACGGUGUUGGCUGUAAUAAGAAGACGAAGAGUAAUACGGGAGGGCCGAUACACGGGCGAACGGCCUCGCGCACCGACGAGGAGAGUUGUACGGAGGAUCGAGAACCAACCGGCGAUCAAGGAAGGCAGUGCACGCCCGGCCGCCGAGACGAGCGGAUGGUUGUAGCUCGUGCUCUGAAGCGUAGGAUAGACAGACAGCUCGUGUAUAUAAAAGCUUUUCAUAGCGAAAGAAAGAAAGACAGAAAAAAAGAAACGAAAUGUCAAUUAUUCCUUCGGUCCAGAAGAGUAAUGAGACGACCGAAGGACCAAUAUUCGAGCCAACAUGCCAAUCCGGAUGCCAGUGAAGAAGAAGUGUCUCUACCUGUAACUAAUUAAUAUGUUACUUAGCUAGUUGAAUUAGUAAGUGAUAUGUUUGAUCUAUAUCUCCGCGGUGACUGUGGAUGACACUGACGUGAUAGAAUUUUUAUCAACUAAAACGCGCGAGUGAAUUUCGUCUGUAUUUUUCAUCGUCGUGUUUUCGGAGGGAAAAAGGGAAGAAAGAAGAAAAAAUAGAUAGAAAGAAAAAAAAAGGGUGUAUUACUUCUCGAUUUACUCGCUCCUCCGUCCUUUUUUUCCCUCUUCGCGUGUAAAGAAAGACAAACGAGUGGUAACUUAUCUUUAAAUCAUUCAGCGAGAAUUCUCUCGCCUGCGGUAUUUCUCUCGCGAUCUAUCGAUCUUUCGGGAGUGAAGUGAAACAGACGUUCUUCAAAGAGGAAAACGAUCGGAAGUAGUAGAAAGGGAGCGAGUAGUAAACGGGCGAGUGCAGUGACUGACUUACAUCGGGAACGCCAACCUGCAAUCAAGGUUCAUGGUUUUCAUGGAGGAGAGCGAGCUCUCGAGCAAGCGGUGGGCCAGUGCGCCCCGCCGCCCGGACAGCCCCUGCGUCCUGGGGGCACCGACGUCUAGGGAGGCGGCGGGACCGCCGGUGCAGCUGGAACCAGUGGACCUGUCCGUGAAAACUCCCGUGGUGUUGCAGGUGCCUCGGUAUAAUCCAGCGGUGAUAAUUAGUGCCGCUGCAAGAAGAGUACCUUCACCUUCGACAACGCCUACACCACCACCAGCUUCUCUCUACGUCUCUUCAACCGUGUCGCCAACCUUGCCAUCUUUGGGGGAAGCAGCAUGGGAAAGGGAACAGGAACGAGAUCGGGAAAGAGAGAGGACACGAGAAAGGGAAAGAGGGCGAGAAAGGACUGGCGAGAACGAGAGGGAACGACAACAGGAACGGGAGAGCGCGAUCAGGGAGAGAGAAACGCGAGAUCGAGAGAGAGAACGAGAUCGCGAUCGUGAGAGACAAAGGGAAAGAGAAAGAGAGAGGGACGUAUCCGUUUGCGUGAUGGAACCACCCGACCCAGUAUUCGUAUCAUCCCCUGCAGCCCUCCUCGCUUUGCAAAGGAUAAAGGAAGCAUCUCUUGUCUUUCACAAACGACCAACGCUGGCGAGUGGCAUCGGAUUGAGCGGUAGAGCCAACGCCGGCGUGGGUGGAAACGGAGCUAGUUUAGGGGUCGACAGUGAGUGCGGCGACGCGUUGAAGAGGCGCAAGGUUCACAGAUGUGACGUAGCAGGCUGUGACAAGGUCUACACGAAAAGUUCCCACCUGAAGGCACACAAAAGGACUCACACUGGAGAAAAACCGUAUCAAUGCACGUGGGAAGGCUGCACGUGGAAGUUUGCACGUUCGGACGAGCUUACGAGACACUAUCGCAAGCACACCGGCCAAAAACCGUUCAAGUGCCAUCUCUGUCAGCGAUCGUUUUCUCGGAGCGAUCAUCUCUCUCUACAUAUGAAGAGGCAUUGAUAAGCUGACGUCCGAAUGCGACGAAGAUAGAUAUUACAAGAAGAAGAACACAGAAAGAGAAAAAGAGAGGGAGAGAGAGAAAAGAACGGUGGAUAGCGGAAAGAAGAAGGAUGCUGUUAAGCUCAAACUCAUCGACGCAACCACCGAAAAAAAAAAUCAAUAUUUAAAGACUACGACGACGGAAACGACGAUUUUACAUCGGGACCUGAAGAGCUUAGGCACUAAUUUAGGAUAGUCGUCUCGUUAAGGACGACAAAGCCUGGCUGAAUGAAACUAGAGAAGAAAGUUGAAGAAUUUUUAGAUCGUUCGUUAGAUUUAGAGCUUUUUCUUUAUUUUUCCCUUCUUUUUUGUUUUCUUUUUGUAUUUCUUUUCUUUCCUCUCUCUUUUUAACACGACGAUUAUCUCACGCGAUUAUCAUAUUUCUCGACACUCUUUGUUUUCCUUCGAACUCUAAUAUUAAAAAUUUUCCCGUUCGAUUUUUGUUUCUCUCGCCGAUCAAAUUCCUACGUAGUAUAUAUCGCACACUGCUUUUCAAUCUUUUUUGUAUCAUUCGACUAUUUAUUUUUUUCUUCCUUUCGAAAUCUCCUACGUACUCGUUAACGAUAUUAUCGUCGUAAAUCUGGACGAGUAUAACGAGUCAAAAUUAUGCGAAUUAAAUUAUAUUGACGUAGGUUUAAAGAGAAAAAAAGAAAAUAGAAAAAAAUAAAAAAAGUAAAAUGCGAAAAGAAAAUAAAGUCGAUCGCAAUGUUUAGAGAGAAAAUCUGCAAAAAUAUCAUCGAUAGGCUAUUAACUAUAAUACAUAACUUCGAUCAUUAUGCACAAAGAAUUUCGCGUUUAGAAACGGACAAUCAUUUGCGUUUCGUUGAACGAAAGAUUAGAAGACAUUCUAAAAGGUCAGUAUUACAAGUGCAUUAAGCAAUAUCGUCGUGGCAUUAAAUCAAUGCUUCUUCGUAUAUAUACAUACAUACAAAACAUACACACACACACAUACAUAUAUAUAUAUUUUUUCUUUUAGUCGUGCGCUCUUCGAUCGUUGGAAAAAAUUGUUUCUCUUUUUUUAAAGAAAAAAGAGCAAGACGACGUAGGCGUUAGUUCGUCGAACGAAUAAUUUUUAAUAGCCUCGCGUCAAGGUGCCAAA